CAAUAAACAUUAAAAUUAUUUAUAAUUGUGGUUAUUUUUAACAAACUUAUUCCAAGUUUAUAUGUAAUGUAAGAAUAAAUGCGACCCCUAUCGCGCAAUUAUUUGUUCAAAAUUCAAAUCUCAUCUGUAUCAAAGCGUUAAUUUAACUAUGACAUUAAUACUUUCUCAUGAACGUUCUUGCCUACUAGGAGAAAUGCUCAAAGUAGUUUUAUUGUUUAUUUUUUAAUCUUAAUAACAUGAAACUUUGAUAUAUUGUUAAAGUAUAUUUCAUCAAUUCAGGAAUUUACAUUGGGUUUCUACUUACAAAAAACUUAAAAUUUUAAAAAUAAUAUGUUUUUUAUUAUUAUUAGCGAGUGCUAGUCUGUGACGCGUAAGCAAGUCGUGUUAGUUUUUAUAUGGUUCGACCAAAAUUCUCCAAUUAUUACCAAUUACAAGACCUGGCUGUAUGGAUCAAAGUCCUUUGACUUUCCUAUUAGGGAUAAAUUAAUAUCAAAAUCAUUAUAGGUGGUUUUAGAGUAAAGGGUGCAAUAGGUAAUGUCAUUUCAUAUGACAAAUUAAAGUAGGGCCAAUUUAAUAGUUCACAUGUAAUAUGUAUUACAAAGUGUACAAUUGCUAUAUAUUGAUAUAACUUUAUUCAAUUCCGAUUACAUAGUGAUAAUAGAAGAUAAAUUCACGAUUUACUUUUACUCAUAAUACUGACGUUGUUACAAUGUUGCAUCAGUGAAGAUAUGAAGCUAAAAUUGACAGAUGUCAAAUGUGAUCUAUAGAAUUAGAGAUAAAAUAAUCGGUGCAGAGCAGAGCUUGAUAAGAAGCGGCUAUGUUAUCAAUGCAAUUAGUAUUUUCAAUAGCAACACCUCUUCACAAAUAUUGUUUGGGGAAUUUUAUUUCAUAGAGUAUAGUGUACUGGGUUCCCAUAAUUAUAAAAUUUAUUUACAAAGUAGGUAUAAUAUAUGAGUCACGGAGCAGGAAGGCCGAAAUCAUAGUUGAUAUUUGAUAAAGUUAUAUUAAAUCGUUCGUCAAGUUCAGUCCUGUUCUAAUAGUUAAUUGCAUUGAUACUCUCACUUAGCAGAUAAUAAUAAAGAGUGAUCUAUGGCAUCAAAUAGCGAGAACUUAAAAGCAGUUGAGAUGAAUACUACGGCCUUAACAAAUGAUUAUUACCACCCUUUAGAAUACCACUGGAAGUUAUGGGUAUUUACGAACGAUAAAAAGGACUGGGAAGAAAAUUUAGUUUGUGCAGCGGAUUUCGGAACUGUUGAAGAUUUUUGGAGUAUUAUUCACCACAUAAAGAGGCCUUCUGAGAUGAAAUCAGGGCAGGAUUAUUUAAUAUUCAAAAAGGGCAUACAACCAAAGUGGGAACAUCCAGCUAAUGAGAAUGGAGGAAGGUGGAUUAUCAAUGUAGAAAAAAAUCUUAGCCGUUUAGACGAGGUCUGGUUGCUUUUGUUACUUUUGAUGGUCGGUGAAAAUCUGCCUCACGGAGAUAUAAUAUGUGGAGCAGUGGUCAAUAUUCGAUCUAAGUGUAAAAUUGGUCUAUGGUUGGCAGAUGGAGCGAAUCAAAAGAAAGUUAUAGAAAUCGGCAGGGUCUUGAAAGAUAAUAUGAAAUCUCAUAAUAUAGGCAGAAUAAACUUUCAUUUGCAUAAGAAAAAUGUUAAUAUGAUUACUAUGUAAGUUUUUAGUAAUUGUUUAGCGCUGAAUUAUUGUAAUAUGUGCACAUUAAAUAAUCGUUUAAUGAACGUCAAAUAUAUGUCAUUAUUUUUACAAAUUGUACAAUGGCCUGAGUCAAAUCUCUUUACCUUUGGCGUGAGCUGUUAAAACGACCACGUGACCAUUGCCAUACAAACUCGUAUGGCGUAAGACGCAUUGACAAGUAAAGUUUGUCUCAAGCCCCAGAGAUACAACCUCAAUUGUUUCGCAUAGCAAUCGAGUUUAGUUGCAAUUGCUUUGUUAGCAUUACCAACUGAUGACGAUUUUUCAUUAUAAAUUUGUUUCUUUCAUUUCACAUGAUAAAUAUAUUACUUAAAUCAUAAUUUAUUGUGCCAUAACUAUUGAGAUUAUAUUAAGGAUUAUGUGACGAUUACGAUGAUAUAUUUUUUUAUUUAAUUGAAAAAAAAAUUGUUUUAGUUUGUACCACUCCAUUAUCG